UUGUGACAGCGAUUUGUUUUGAUUUUACUUUUGCUCCACAAACUUGACAAUAUUUUACUUUCGAAAUAUUGAAUUAAGCACUGCAUAAAUAAAUAAAAAUGUUAGCUACGACGAGUAAUGCAGCUGCAACUGGUGCCAGUAUUCCCGACAAAGCAUGGCAGCCACAUUUUGUAACACUUGAAACAACCAUGGGCGAAAUUACAGUGGAGCUUUACUGGAAACAUGCGCCCAAUACCUGCCGGAAUUUCGCUGAACUAUCACGUCGUGGUUACUACAACAAUGUGGUUUUCCAUCGGAUUAUCCGUGACUUUAUGAUACAAGGCGGUGAUCCAACUGGCACUGGACGUGGCGGCACUUCAAUUUAUGGCAACGAGUUCCCUGAUGAAAUUCACUCAGAUCUUAAGCAUACCGGUGCAGGUAUAUUAUCAAUGGCCAACUCUGGGCCCGACACAAACGGUUCGCAAUUCUUCAUCACAUUAGCUCCUACGCAGUGGCUAGAUGGAAAACACACAAUAUUUGGACGAGUGUAUUCAGGAAUGCAGGUUGUAAAGCGUAUUGGCAUGGCGGAGACUGAUAAAAAUGAUCGACCAGUAGAUAGUGUGCGAAUAGUUAAAGCAAAAGUAGAAAAAUACUAAUUGUGCAUACAACUAUUUUAUAUUCUCUACAAUUAUAUAGUUCAGAUAUUAAUUUUUAUAAUAAUUUUAAUAACUCGUUUAUAAUACUA